AUGAACAUGUCGGUCCCAAGCGCACUCAUGAAGCAGCCGCCCAUUCAGUCCACGACUGGGGCCGUCCCGGUUCGCAAUGAGAAAGGUGAGAUUUCCAUGGAGAAAGUGAAGGUGAAACGUUAUGUAUCAGGAAAGAGGCCAGACUAUGCUCCUAUGGAGUCCUCUGAUGAGAAGGAUGAAGAAUUUCAGUUCAUUAAGAAAGCCAAAGAACAAGAAGCAGAGCCUGAGGAGCAGGAGGAGGAUUCAUCUAGCGACCCUCGACUGCGACGUUUGCAGAACCGCAUUAGUGAAGAUGUGGAAGAGAGAUUGGCUCGACAUCGAAAAAUAGUGGAACCUGGAGUGGUAGGAGAAAGUGACUCAGAAGUAGAAGGAAAUGCUUGGCGCAUGGAACGAGAAGAUAGCAGUGAGGAGGAAGAAGAAGAAAUUGAUGAUGAGGAAAUAGAGCGGCGCCGUGGCAUGAUGCGUCAAUGA